UAAUUGUUACCGCUUGGUUCAGAAAGACACGAUGCAAAUCACUGGAAUCAGAGAGUAACGAAUGACUUGCGACGUGUCCGUUGCCUCGUUCUCUUUUUUCCCCACCAUAUACAUAAGCAGUCAAACCCGACCCACAACAACACACACGCUUCACCAAACUUUUUUUUUCUCUCCUUCUAAUUUUCCUGCGAAAAUCUAUCUUAAUUUUUCUAGGCAGCCAAACACGCUUCUUCCCGAAGAACUAGUCCUUCCCAAUAUGAUGAAGAAAUCCAGUCUCUUUGCAGCCUCUGUCGCUGCCGCGUCGGCCACCGCGGUUUCUGUUUCGUCCUCCGCGCACGUCUCCAUUCAGGAUGGUGGGUCUCAAAGGGGCCAUGGAGGCUCCUCUUCUUCUCCAGAGGGUUCAGUUUCGACAGAGAAAUUCGCUCCAAGAUUCGACGGGUUGCGGUUCAUUGAGACCCUAAUUACUGCUCACAGAUGAAACCUUUGUUUUCUAGGGAAUAAGGAUUUUGAAGCUUCUUGCUCAAUUAUCUGUAGUACUAUUUUCUCUUUGUUUACACCUUUUUGGUUCCGUUAAUCUUUUUAUCUUGUCCUAUAUAGGAAAAAAGGAUUUAACCAUGGAAAAUGUUUAACUUUUUCCUUUUCAUCUUGUCGUAGGGUUUAUUAUAACUAGGAAGGGAAAUUGAGCGAGAGUGAGAAAUUGUAAUGUUGCGAGAUUGUUUUGUUUUCAUGUUCUUGUUUUUGUACUUUUUUUUUACCUGAACUUAUGAUGUGCAUCUUGUGAUUUUUCUGCAUGAAUUUUCCAAGAAAUAAUAAAAAAAAAGUUUCUACCC